AAACAAUUCCCUCACUCUCCUUCCCUGCUCGCGUUCACCGUUGCCACUCUCCCUCAUCAUUGACGAUCACAGCUCUAAGUCAUUUCCCUUAGCUUGGUCAGCCUCACAUAGGCCAUUAAAUGCACUGCCAUUAUAGCUUACCAUACCUUACCUUCUUCUUCAGCUGAGGAGAGGGGAUCUAUAGCUGGGUUAUUUACCUAGAGUCUAGAGGGUGGAGGAUGGUGCGCAACACCCGAAUUAUGCCUACAGAAUUCUAAAAAACCAUCAGUACUUCAAAGCAAUUAAAUAAUAGUAUGCAGUUGAAGAAUAUAUUGAGCAAAAAUGCAAAAGAAAAUUCAGGUAUUAAUACAAUAUUAUAAUUUAACUAACUUAUAAUUGUUACACUAGUCAUAUAAAAGUAUGCCUUGUUGUUUUGGGUGAUGCAACUGAUGAUUUGGUUGAGCUUAGCUUUAGCUUGCACCGAUAUCUAUCCUCUUUCAAAAGUUUCCAAAACUCUUCUCUCAACCCCUACUGGAGCUAGUAUAAAUUUUCUUUUCAUUUCUCUUAUUUCUCCUACCAUAUAUAUAUAUAUAUAUAUAUAUAUAUAUUAUAACUGCUGCCUAUUGGAUGGGAGUCCUGCUGCCUACUUCUUUGACCAGGGUGAAGGAGAUGGUGUUGAUAACUGGUUAAUUUUCUUUGAGGGUGGAGGGUGGUGCUCCACCCCCAAAGAAUGCAAGGAACGGUCUGCAGGUUCUCUAGGUACUUCUAACAACCAGCCUCCAUUGGAGUUUGGGCAUAUUAUAAGCAAAUCCAAUCACUCUAAAGGAAAUCCUGAUUUCUGCAAUUGGAAUCGGGUACAUGUCCAUUAUUGUGAUGAAUCUUCCUUUACUAGCGAUAUUGAAACCGUUAAUUCUAUUAGCUACAAUUUGUCACCUAACCAUUUGACUUGCCUUGUGGGCAAAAACUGUACUUUGGCUGAAAUGGCUUCAAUUGAAGGUCUGAGAUUGGGAUUAAUUAAAGCGUUACCAGUUGAUAAUUCGUCCUUUCGAGGAAUGUGGGUAACAAACUGCAUUACCCACGAGAUCACUAUGUACUCUUGGAUUACUACAGUGUUGCUACGCAUAGAUGGGAACAAGAUACUCAUUUGCUAAUAUGUUUUAGUGUAUUAAAAUAAAAGUUAAUUAUUUCAUAAUAUGUGCAUGCAUAUUGAUCUAUUAUUGCACUUUGUAGACAUAUCCUCAGGUGUUCGCUGAUUGGUUUUAUGAUCGAUCAGCAGUGCAAAUUAUUAACCAGUCCACGGAAGCAAAAAAUUGCUCAGAUUGUGGCAUCGAAAUUAAGAAGAAGUGGACGUGAAAUUGUGGGGUGUUCGGUAGAGCGGAUUGAUAUAACACUAGAGCAUGGUUAAUCUAAGACUUUUUUGGGUGAAAGCUAAGGGACAAAGGGUCCUAGAUUAACUAUGCCCUAGUGUUACAUCAAUCCGCUCUACCGAACACACCACAAUUUCACAUCCACUUCUUCUUAAUUUCGAUGCCAUAAUCUGAGCAAUUUUUUGCUUCCGUGGACUCGUUAAUAAUUUGCACUGCUGAUUGAUCAUAAAAUCAAUCAGCGAACACCUGAGGAUAAGUCUACAAAGUGCAAUAAUAGAUCAAUAUGCAUGCACAUAUUAUGAAAUUAAACUUUUAUUUAAGGGACAAAGUGUCUUAGACUAACUGUGCCCUAGUGUUAUAUCAAUCCACUCUAUACCAUGAGUUUUUAGAUUUUGUUCUAUGGUUGAGACUUGAUUUUAUUGGGUUUUGGCUUGUGAAAGAAAGUAGAUUCUAUGUUAUAAUAUAAUGAAGUAGAUUCUAUGUAUAUGUAUGUACAUAUGUGAUGUAUAGAUAAUCGCCUGAAUUUCAGCCCAUUAUGUAUACACAACAAUUAUGUAAGUAUAUAUUUAUCAAAUAAUAAUUUGAUACA